AUCAAUGGAAUGGUGGAGAUAUGUGGACUUUUGAUUUUUCGAAUCAUGGAGAUAGUGCUGUGUUAAAUCAAGAUGUUCUACCAGAUACUGUUAUGAAAUUUGACGCUGCUCAAGAUAUCCUUCAACUUAUUGACAAAGCGAAAAUUAAAAAGCCGAUUAUUGGUAUAGGGCAUUCAAUUGGUGGUCAUUCCAUGUUACUUGCAGAAAUUAUUCGUCCUGGAACUUUUACAAGUAUCCUUGCUAUUGAACCUAUAAUAAAUCCUAGUUACAUUAAAGAAAUUGAUCCACUUCAAGAGUUAAAGAUUAAAAGAAGAAGAGAUAUAUGGCCGAAUAGAGAAGCAGCAUAUACAAGUUUCAUUAUGAAAGAGUUUUUUCAAAAUUGGGACCCUGAAGUACUUAACCUCCAUAUCCAAUAUGGGCUACGUGAAUUGCCAUCUGGGGAAGUUACAUUAAAAUGUCCCAAAAUUCAAGAGCUU